GGCGGUGUGCUGCCCCCCCCCCCCCUCGAUUCGUUCAAGAUAUCCGGACCAAACGAAACAUCAAUCAAUGCCUUGUAUACCCGCCGCUUUAUGGAACUGUGGGGGAGUUAUUGGGGUAGAACUACCAUAUACCGGUCAAUUCAUUCUUCUGCCAUUAAUCGACGGCCGCUUCGGCGCCGGGUUGCCGGCCCUGGCCCUCGGCUGACACUCGGCCACCUUCGUGUACGAGCUAACGGCUCCGUGUAUUUCUCGACUGGAGAGGGUUGCCUCUUCCGGAAUACGGUAUACUGCGAAACCACACUCUCCCAACUCCCAACCCCUCCCCAUCCAACCACGUCCAGUCCAUUUAUACUGCUGACACCGCAAAGACGUUACCCACGCUCACGCGCUCACCCCUGGCGCCGUCUCCCCCACCAGUGGCACGGCAAACUGCCGCCCAACAACCCUUUCCCACAUGCAGUCAGACUGGAAGGAUCCAAGCUGCGUCCGAUCCCGCACGGCUUUGCACCUGCGGCAUCCCGAUUUGGCAGCUGUAUCUUUCAUCAAGCCAGCCAUGCAUGUAUGUAUAUGCACAUACAUACACCUACUUGUCCAAGACACGAUAUCCCCCGACCGCACCGCACAGGUUCGCCAAUCUGCGUGACAGACGGCGUCUCGCUGCAUGAGCGCGGCGCUGGCACGCCGGCCGCUGCAGGGGGAUAUUGAUGAGACCGGCAGGCCUGCCGAGGACGGUUGACUUGGUUGAGGCGGGGGGACGUCCGAGUUCCGGUUUUCUCCCUUGUAUGGAAGCCCGGAGGCUCGCUUAUUUAAAGUCUUGCGGCCCCCA